GUUGCCAUCAAACACAAGCCCCUGAAUGUAUUCUGGGUCUGCCAGAGACUCCCUGGUAGAGUUUCAAAAGUUUGAAGAUGUGGAUUUCCUCGCUGACAGAAAUCACCGUUGGUCCUUGGUUUUCUGAAGCUCAGGAACAGCUGGAGGGAUUUGGACAGCGACCACAAGGAGGAUGGAGUGGCUGGAGGCGACGACUUCGAAGUUCACCAACACUCGAGGAUCUCAAGUACCUGCUUCUUCGACUAGAGGAGAUAGUCUUUGAAAUGGGCGGAAGUUCAGCUCAUGCCAGUACUGGGCAUGUAGAAGAAGAAGACGAGAAUCAUGUCAAUGCAGGUGCCUCUGAAACAGAUGGUCCCGUGCCCGAGGUGAACCGGCCAACUGUCAGCCAGCUGGAGGAUGAGGAAGAACUGACAGACGGAGAAGAGUCAUCCAGGGACUCCAGGCUGUGGCACAUGCCAGCAAUUCGGAAAGCCUGGCAGCAGGAAGUGGAGUCUGCUGCAACACUAUCAUGCUUGGUGUAUGCAUCUCAGUCCCUCUGUGAGAGAGCAUUGCAGGUCUUUGAGGUCAAGAGCUCAGGGAAACGAGCUGCUAGGAGGAAACGUUCAGCAUCAGCCUACCUCAAUCAAGUGGAAUCCCGUCACAAUAGGAAUGAAUCCUCAGACGAGGACAGUGGUGGAGAAGUGGAGGAAGAAGAAGAAGAAGAGGAAGAGGAUGAAGACGAGGAGGAGGAGGAGGAGGACCAAGAAGAGGAGGAGGAGGAUGACGAUGAGAAUGAGGAUGAGAAUGAGGAUGAGGAGGAUGUGAGUGAACAGAUUGACAAGGCUCAUAGUGAGGAAGAGGAGUCGUCCAGCAAGGAGGAAGAAGAGGAUCAGACUACCAGCAGCUCAGAGAGUGCAUGUCAUUCUGAAAGUGGCAGUGGUGAUGGUGAGGAGUCGAGUCAUAAAUCGGAACAGCAGGAGAGGAGAGGAGUGAAGAGAAAAUCCAGGGCGGAUGAGAUGGCUGGAGGGGGGAGGAGAGGCAGCAAGGCAAAAUCUGCAAAACCAGCUGUCAGUGUUGAGCGCUGGCCUGAAGUUUGCUCCAAAUGCCAUAAGAAUGUCAAGAAGGGGAAAUUGAUAUGCUGUGAUGGUGAUGGCUGCACGUAUGCAAUUCACAAAGGUUGUGCGCGUUUGCGGCGAGUUCCCAGAGGUGGGUGGUUGUGCUUCAAUUGCCGAGGGCAAGGGCCAUCAGGCAAUGGUGUAGCCGGAAGGCGUGGGAGGCAUAAGGGGGCAGCAUCAGGAAAUGUGCAGGUCUUAUCUAGGAAGAAGGCUCAUCCACAGAGAAAAGAUAGUGCUUCAGGUCGGAGGGCUGGCAGAGGAAACGGAUCAGGCAAAUCGCCACAAAUUGUGAACGACAGCUCAAGUGAUGAUGAUGACAGCAGUACUCGGAAGGAACUGGGUGCGAAGCGGAAUGGGAUAAUUCAGGGGUGUGAGGGAAGUGUGCUUGCUGGAGGGAAGGUGAAUGGCUCUGCUGCUAGAACAGUGGAGGUUGCUGAUGACUUGCCUUCUAGGAGGAGGGCGAAACGAAAAGUGGACUGCUCAGAACCAACAACAGAUGAGCGUGCAAGUGGAAGUAAGAGAGGACGAGGAUCGGAGGGCCAGCCGAAUGAACUCCCUUUAGAAAGAAGCGGCUCAAUUAAUAGGAGGAGUGUUGGGGCAGAGGAAAAGCAAGAUCUCAACGGUAUGGGAGCGAGGAUAGAGGAGCCUGGAGGAGUGCUAGAAAGAAGGAGAAUUACUUAGGUGCAGCAGGAGAAGUGUUUGACAGCCUUUCACUUGGACUAGCUUGGUGCCCGCAAUGUGGCUCACCCGACGAUACUCGCACAAAAGGAGAGCAAUUCUUCAUUCGUAUAAUUUUGACGGAAGUUCUGCAUAGAUAGCAAAUAAGGGACAAUACAUUGCAAAGAGAAAGUUAUAAGCAUAACCUUUUGGUCCAUCCAGUGUUCGAACUUUGAAAUGAAAAUGAUGUAGAGUCUCAAAUUUGAAUUCCAAGAAACACAUAAAGGAUGUAGAAGAAAUGUCACCAUGCCAAAGACAGCUGCCAUCAGCACAAUGAAAUUCACAUAGCGUA